ACCUUGCUUCAGAGGAGGAGGAGCUGGGGGUAUCGGGCUGAGAGAGCAGCAAACAAAAUAUGCCUACUUAUAGAUCAGGAAGCGGGUGAAAGAUAUUGAAGAGAAAAACAAAACAGCGCAGAUAUGGCUGAGGAGUUAAAGAGAUUUCUAUACAAGAAGUUACCAAGUAUUGAAGGACUCCAUGCCAUUGUUGUAUCUGACAGAGAUGGUGUACCGGUUAUAAAAGUUGCCAAUGAGAAUGCUCCUGAACUUGCUUUGAGACCUAGUUUCCUUUCUACAUUUGCACUAGCAACAGACCAAGGAAGUAAGCUUGGACUCUCCAAAAAUAAAAGUAUCAUCUGUUACUACGACACAUGCCAGGUUGUUCAGUUCAACCGACUGCCUUUGGUUGUAAGCUUCAUUGCAAGUAGUGAUGCCAACACAGGCCUCCUUCUCAGCUUAAAUGAAGAGCUCGGGGACUUGUUUGAAGAACUUCAACAUGCAGUGGAAAUCUAAGAAGAAAUAAAUUCUAUUUCAGUUCUAUACUGUAAUUCCCAUAGAUGUUAGCAGGGAUGUGUUUAGGUCCGGAGCUGACCUUUACAGCGCCCCUGAACAUGCAGAAUAACAUCACCUGCACUAGGCAUGUUUCAUCACUUCCACAUUUAUUUUACUUUCUGAAUCGCAAAGAUGGGCCGUGUACCCCUCACCCCUUUUUUAUAUAUAUUUUUUUAAAUUUCAGUUAUAUAGGCACACCCCAAAAGCUGCCACCCUAAACACAGGCCCUUUGGCGCAAUUAUAUAAAUAUGGCCCUGGAUGUUAGGCAUUGGUCAUACGAGACCGGCGUGACUGGAAAUGGUGCAGACUACACCCCCUUACUGUUGUUAAUGUGCAUAUAAGUACUUGAAACAUGCACAAUAUUAAAUAAGUAGGCCCUGCUUAUAAGAGCCUGUUUUAUUAGUGGUGGAAAAAAACAGUUCACUACAGGGGAAUUCUAUGUCACGCUCUUUAUUUGUAUAGACAUUUUUAGGGUUAUAUUUAUGAAAUAUUUACCCUUUAAUGAAUAUGCACUACAAAUCCUUUGUAAAUGAAUAGAGGGCUGUAGUGCUGCCAUUUGCUAAAAUGCGAUGCUUUUUUUAGCUUUUGAUAAAUAUUCCACUGUGUGCCUACUUAAGAAAGCUAUUUUUCCUAGUGUAUGAUUACUAACAAGUAUUUAUAAAGCACCAGUAGGUGUAUACAUUGAAUGUACAAACUACAUUCAAAACAACCAUAACUGAUGAGGUUAAGAGGGUCCUGCGCAAUACAGUUUACAGUAUUGAUGAAAAAUUAAACAUUUAAUAAGAUAAUAUAUAAUACAGGUACAUAUAAUUCAUAUAUGCUUAAAGAAGUUAAUUUUCUAACUAAUGUUAAGUCUUCAGUAAUAAUGAUGAGUGCUUUAAGUAACACCCAACUCUAUUUUUUUCGAUAGUUUCAAAAAAAGAUUUGCAUAUAUAUACAUUUAAGUACAAUCAAACUGUAAUCGUUGAUACGUUACAGGGCUUGACAGUGACAUGAUAUUAAAGCUGGUUUGAUUAAAUAA